AGGUUCAGUUAAAAACUCAUUAUUUGGGGAUUAUAGCCAAGCACAUCCUGUACAAUAUCGAGGAUAAUAUUGUAAUGUAGACAGUUUGUGUGGCUGUGGAAGACUGGGGCAACAAAAUGUUAAAGAGGAGCCUUUAUAAGGGUCAGCCCUGGUGAGGCUUUGGCUAGAGAGGAAAGGAGAAGGCAAGUGGUGAUCACUAAGCAUCUAAAGGAGGACGUGCAGGGAUGAGACCCAUGGACCACGGUGUGCUGAAAUGUUGUCUCUUCUCCCUAUUCUUGCUAACAGUAUCUGCAUCAGGCACUCUAUCCAACGCAGCAAUUACUACUAUCCAACCCCUAUCAAAUACAGCCAAUGCAUCCCAACCAGCCAACACAGCCACUUCAUCCGGUGCAACCACACCCUCCUGUACGACCCGUCGAUGUCUGGCCAGCAUGCUGAUUGCGAAAGAAGCUCUGAGUCAGCCGCAGUCUCCACGGUGCAUCUCAAUUAUCCGUGUGCCGUCAAUCGUGUACGAAACUCUGUCUGUCGAUACAAAAAAACUUUGCUUUGAGAGUCGUCUGGAAGUCCCGCUGUCUUGGGAAGACCCUGAUUUAUCAUGGAACACAUCAGUCUAUCAUCAUGAUAUGGUGGUCCUGCCUGUCAGCAAAAUCUGGAGUCCUGAACUCCAUGUGACUAAUGGAGUGCAAACAACGAUGAAGCACGGCAACAAGGAUUUGCUGGUGCACAGCAACGGGACUAUAGAGCACAUGGUCAUCAUGAAAACUGUGGUGGGCUGUGAGGUCAAUCUGUACAACUACCCCUUCGCUUCAGAUUUCUGUGCCAUCGCCCUUAAUGUGUGGGCAAUUAGUGGAUGUGGUAUGUUCCUGAACUUUGGGAAAGUGAGCACAACUAGUGCAAACCGUGGGGACUGGCUAACCGAGGAGGUGGAACUCAACACUAAAGGAGGCAGAGAUGAUCGCAACUAUCUAUGGGUAUUGCUGAAAAUGCGGUCCGAAAACCCGUUUCUGUCCCUGGUCCUGCCCAGUAUACUAAUCAUCUUGGCUGAUGUGGGCAGCUUCGCCCUGCCGCUGGGAGAGAGCAAGCGCAUCCCCUUCAAGGUUAAACUGGUUCUCAGCUUCAUCAUGUUCCUCAACAUCCUCAAGGACCACCUGCCUGGAGGAGGCCAGUGCAGCCCCAUCAUCCGAAAGCACUUCUGUUUCUGUUUGGUCAUCCUGGUGUUGAGCACGUUGCAGUCUAUGGUGCUCACACGCCUGGCUAAGUGUGGCACUCUCUGGCCCUGCAGCCUCUCAAAGUCCAAAGACUCACUGUUUAAAGACACAGACAAUGAAGAGGAGGAAGAGAAGAAUACAGCCCUCCAGAAGGUGGUGAAGUUUCUCAACAAAAUGGCUGCACAAGACCAGAAAAAUGCUAUACACCAUCGCUUUGCCAACAAAGUGGACUUGAUCUGUUUCUGUAUCUAUCUCACCGUCCUCAUCGUUUACUCAUUCAUCAUUUUAGUUUUCUCCUUUGGUUCUCAAUGUGAGAUCAACCAUUUAGAAUUCUGGCAUUAAAUUCUUUAUUUGCGUUUAACAAUGAUAUUUAAAUAAAUAUAAAGUAUGUGUGUAUUCUUCAGUAGAGAUUUAACAAUAUUUAUUUCAAUAUGUUUGAAACUAGCCAGUCAUAUGUGGAAUAAUACAUUUAGCAAAUGGGACUCUAAAUAUACCUGGAAGAAGCAAUGAACAGGUUUCAAAGGAUGACACAGGAGGAACAGUGCCGCCAUAAUGAAUACAGCAACAUUUUUUUUUCUAAAAAAACAUUCAAGACUGAUGUAAUGAGCCUAAGUGGGGUGUUCAUUGGAUAGACUAAUGAUGCGUUGAACAUAUGUCUGAAACUAGUUGUCAGUUAUUGUUGCCCGUCGUGUAAACAUGUCUAACCCGUUUGCUAAUGUAGCCUGUGGCAACGAGCUCCGGAGUCUAGCUACAUUUUAGUCAGUAGCUAUCCUUCUAAAUGCGGUGGUUACUGGAUAAACUACCUAUGAGUUGAACAUAAUUGGCUGAAAAUGAACUAAUAGCCAGUUGUUGUUGUUGUCCAUGGUGGAACUAGUAACCUCCCGGCUCCUGAAGCCCCCAUGAGCUUUGAAGCAGUCUGCUAGCGUCAUAAAAUUAGCAUUUAGCUAGCGAACUGAGCUGUUUUACAAGGCUGAGAUGACUCAAACACUCAGCUCUGGGAUAAUAUUAACGGGCUGCGGGAAUGUUACAUUUGUAUUUUAAUUGUACAGGGAUGCAAACUGGUGAGAGCCUAAAAUGGUGACCAUAAUUUUUGGGGGUAGAAACACACCAGAAAAUGUGCUUAUUUUCAGAGUAAUAUUGUCACUGCACCAAGAUUUUACCAAGUAUCAUGAUACCUAGUAGUAUCGUCAUACCACAGGGGAAAUUAAUUUGCAUCCUGUUCACCCACCCCCAUGGAAAUCUGUUUCCGUUUUCUAUACGAUUUGCACAUGCUACACAAAAACCUGUCCCCGAUAUUCACACAUCUACUCAAUUUAACUGUUUACUGUAUAAUAGAAUAGACUACUGCAGAAAAUGGCUGAUUUGCUCAUAUCCAAAGGCCUUCCUGUGAUUGGGCAGGAGGAAUGUAGUAUGGAAUAUAAAUGCUGUCUUUGUGGCAGUGAAGGGAAAACACUAUGGCUAUAUGCAACCAUCUUAACACACACAUCCACCCAUUAACUUACUCCCUCUCUCACACAAUCAGUGCACUAGGCCUUUAUUACUCCUGUUUGUACAGAAAAAAAAAAUUUGUCAGCAGAGCGAGGAGAAAAUCGUUACACGUCUCACAGUACAAGAGCAUUGCAGAUUUUGUGCGGAUCAAAAUCAAACAUUGGAACGUCUGGGACGGCUCAAAAGACUGCAUCGGUAGCACUCAGAUCGCGUUUCUGACCCGCUCACAUUAAACCAACGUCGGUGACGGAUGCGUGCCCCGAGUAGGCAACGAUUUGGGGAUUUUCUCUACGAUCUCAACUUGUCUGGGACAGCAAAAUCGGGGCCAAAAUCGUAUAGUGUAUGGCUUUAGGCAUCAAACAGAAUCUAACAAACCCCAUAAAAAUAUAGGUAUUUAAUUAAGGCUAAGAAUUAAAUGGAUUAGGAAUAUGCAUCCUACCUUUGAAACACCUCUGCAUAUCUAUCCCUUUUCCAUUCUUCCUGUGCCAUCCAAAUUCCUGCAUAGCCUACUGGUCAACGUACUGUCGUCAAACAUAAUGCGAACGAUGAUGGUCAGUGAUGAAGAUGCGUCUAGCAACUUGCUGGUGCCGAGGCCAGGCAUGACGACUCAAUCCCGGUGUAUGGUAUUGUCUGGAUGACAGACCAUCUGGGGGCUAUGACAGGGGUCAAACACCUUAUCAGUGGCAAUCUCGAUGAAAACACGUUCCCAUGGAAGUCCAGGGGGUCACUGACGCCAGGAUAAGAUGUAAAGACGGAUGAAACUUGAAACGACUAAAUAAAUGUUACUGUGUGAAUGAAAUUGUCAUGUUUGGAUUGUUUCAAGAGUUCAUAAAGGGCUAUGUAUUUUGGUAUGUUUUAUAGUACUAUGCUAUGAACUUUGAUAUGUUUUAUAGUACUAUGCUAUGUAUUUUUCUACGCUGUUAAGACUAUUUUGUAUUCUCUUUAUCGUGAAGAUUACUGGUAUGUACCAUUUGCUAAUUGUAUUCUUAUUGCGUAACUGUAAUAAAUCGGAUUACUUUCA